CGUCGGCAGUAAAACCACGUCAUUGUGUCAAACAACUCCCCUUUUUUUUCCUCCCUGUUGGACCAACAUCCAUAGUUUAUGAACAACUGGAGAAAGAGUUUUUUGGAUCAGAAGAGCAAAUCAUGAUGACCGGAUUUCGGCUGAACUUGUCGCCUCUAAAGGAGCCUCUGGGCUUCGUCAAGCUGGUGGAGUGGCUCACGGCCAUAUUUGCUUUUGGAUGCUGCAGCGGAUACUCGGGGAAGAACAUCAUAUCUCUCUUCUGCGGCGAUGGCACCAAUGAAACUCUCAAUGCCAACUUCCACUACCCGUUUAGGUUGGCCCAGGUCCCGCUCGUCGACGGGAACGCCACUCUUUGUAACCGCUCCGUCACAACGACACACAUGGUGGGGGACUCGGCCUCCGCGUCCGAGUUCUUUGUCGGCAUCGCCGUCGUCUGCUUCCUGUACAGCAUGGUGGCUCUGUUGGUGUAUUUAGGCUACAUGCACGUCUACAAGGACUCCGACUUUGGACCCAUUUUUGACUUUGUGAUCACAGCGAUCCUGGUCUUUCUGUGGCUGGUGUGUUCGUCCGCCUGGGCAAAGGGCCUGCAGAAUGUGAAGGACGCCACGGGCACUGAAGGCAUCGGCCGCACGCUGGCGCUCUGCAAGGGGAGCAACGUCACCUGCGAGGUCACAGAGUUCGCCAGCAUGCGGACCCUCAACAUCUCUGUGGUGUUUGGCUACCUCAACAUGUUCGUGUGGGCGGGCAACGCCUGGUUCGUGUACAAGGAGACCCGUUGGCACUCCAAGAAAUUCUCCACUUCUCAGCCCGGACCUGGAAGGCAACAGGUCCCCGCACCCAUCUAACACGCAAUACGAUAUAAAGCAACGCCGUCCCAUACAUGUACACACUACAUAUAGAACAAUUGAACACAUGCACACUGCAUGUACAUGUAUGUGUAACCCACAUGUGCAAGAAGACAUUAUUACACACACAAAAUAGCUCUGUGAAUAUGAAAAAAAUGAAGGAUAAAUUGAUAUACGGUCAAUUUAAAAUUAGGAUUUGGACCUUAUCAACACAAUAGCAGCUGUGUAGGAAGUACAAAGAGCUGAAUUGGCAUUUUGUAACCCAAAAUGUCAUAUCAUUCCUCGCACAUUUAUGGCAUACUUGACCUGAGAACAGUUCUAAAAGCAAUGUUAAUUUCCCAAAAGAUUUCCCUCUGAAGGCCUAAGCACCCCUGCAGCAGUGGGAGGCUGAAGACUUAAGGUUUCAUGUGUAGAUUAGCCCUUGAUAUUUUUUAUUUCGUAUACUAUAGCAACACCAAUGCAAUUAGUAUGUCCAAAACUUUGAAACGUGCCUUUUUACAAUAAUUCCUACAUGGUUUCUUGUGCUUUCGUAAGCAGAUACAUGCACAGACAAUGACCAAAUGUGUUCCUGCUUUAAACUUUAUAGCAGCUUUAAGGCUUGUGAGUCUAGGAAGAGAGGCGUCCUUACUUCUUCUCUGGUCCAAUUUUAGGACAAUGACUGAAUUUAUUAUGCUUUAUUAUAUACUGAUGAACGUAAGGUACUUUGAUCUCUUUGUCUAUGACAUAAAACCUACCACAAGUUUUCAUUUUUGAACAUCUGCCGCUAUAAGGAUAAUGUGAUCAAGGUUUUCAGGGUAGCAGAGAGUGUAAUUCAUUCAUUCAUUGUAAUUUAUUGACCUACAGUAUAUUGCAAACAUUUGAUAUUGGCCUUGAAAUUGCUAUGCAUUUGCAUCUGUGUUAAAUAUGUUGACUUUUUUCACAUUUUGUAUAUUUUUUUUUUAGAUUCAAAGCACUUUGUGUAUCUAGAAAGUGACUCACUCACAUAUUCAUUCAUUCUUUCAUUCAUAGGCUCUCUCACAGUUUGCCCAUGCGCCCUCUUGUGGUGGCGUAUUGAAAUGUUUGCACAAAACUAAAAUAGGAUUAUUAAUUUACAAUUUACAUUUUAGUGUAGAGGUGUCCUCUUUUCACGAAGCACAAGGAUGAGGUGAAUCCAUAUAGAAGUCUUUAUUCUUCAGUGAUUUUCCUCAGUAAGGUAAAUAUGUGUGGACAAGGAGUUUGAUAUAUUAAACCUUAAGACAUUUCCGACAUGGACUGUGUAAAACGGCCUCCAACCUAAAUAUCAGGAAAGUAGUUUGUGCAUUCAGUGUAUGAUGUUCUUAUCACAGCAUGCACAGUGCACUCACAUGGUGAUUAGCAUGCUUUUAUGAUGUACCGUGAGAGUGUAAAUCCAUAAAGAGCACUUGAUUGGAAGUUGGCUACUUGAUUAGUUCAGGAAAAUGUUGCUGCGCGAGUGCAGCCAAAGUCUGAAAUCUACCAGUGCCUUUGACUUAUUUAGUCUCAACUAAGGUACCAGAUGAAGCUUAAAUCCUUCCUUGUUGUUGUCAUUAUAAUUUUGAAUGUAGUCUAGUGACUUUUUUAUUUUCAUUCAUCACCUUUUUUGCAUCACCGUUCAACUCUGCCAAAGCACUAUUUUUUCCCCUGCUUAUUCCAUAUCUCCAUGUGAUGUUAAAUCAGUUAUUUUAUUUGUUUUUUGAUUGUCUAGUUUUUAUAAAUCCUUCAUGAGACACCAAAACAGUGAGCUGGUGUUGUGUUUUAUACACUUUUAUUGUCUUAUUGUUUUCAGCAUAUUUAGAUGAUUAUUUGAAGGACUUUCUGAUUUUUUUUUUUUUUUUUUGUCUAUUGCCUUUUGAUAUCGUAAAAAAUGUAAGUGGGACGAUGUCAAUUCAUUUAACGUUGUCGUUCAGGCAAAGUGAAAUGAAUGCGUGUGUGUGUGUGGUGUACUGGUUAUGCCUCUGCGCUCUUGUAAUCAUCAUCCUGCCAGCUAUAGCUUUGUCAAUGAUUCCUAUGCAUUUUAACCUGUCUUAUUCAAGAGAGACACACAUUCACUCUGUGACAUGCACAAUUUCAAUGUACCUUUGUUUUUUCAAUAAAAAUGAAUGAUUUUUUUUCAAUAA